CUACAAACUUGCCAAGCCCCCUUGCAAUUCCGCUAACCCCUAUCAGUCCCCAUCCGUCAUGAGGCAACACAAUAUCCUCCUUCUCACCAUUGCCAUUGACAUUGUCAUUUGUGUCACUGCUACACCCACCACUGCAAGGGAAGCAGUAUCUGAUGUAGCAUCCUGUGGCUGGGAACAAAUUCCAGACAUCAAUACCCAGGAGAUCCAAGAGAUUGCCAGGUGGGCUGUAGCUGAGCACGCAAGGCAAGCGAGCGAUGGGCUCCAGUUCAAGCGGGUUGUGAGCGGCAUGCAACAACUUGUGUCCGGCGUGAACUAUAAGCUCUGCAUUGAUGCAGUGAACGGUGAAGCCAAAGAGGGCACGUACAGAGCGGAAGUAUAUGACCAGCCAUGGACCCAGACACGAACGCUGGAUUAUUUUGUUCCAACCAACUGAUAUGUAGCGUGUCAGUAGGAUUUUUUUUAGGUUGCUCAAUAAUAACCGAGUUGGAGCACUACGGGUGCUCUUGUUAUGUCUAUUAAAAUUUUCA